CGACUGCAAGGCGGCGACCGUAGACGCUUUGCUCCCAUUUGAAAUCGACCGCCACCGCGCAGAAGAAAAGGAGAACCACAGUCCGGCAAGUUCUUUCAGUGCGAAUCGAUUCUCGGCGCCGUCAGCAUGGACGAAGAGGCAAUGUGGAAAGGUUUCUACGACAAGAUACAGGAGCAGAAGCAAAAACCACCGACCGAGCACCAGUCCAUCAUUCAGGAUCUGGAUGGUAGCUUCUUCGAGAAGUUUGGCUCGAUUCUGCGCCAAAAGUCGAUCCAGCACGAUGAAAGCAUACGGGCCGAGCUGGCGCCGCUGCCGGAUGAUGAUGCGGCGGACGACGAAGAACCGAUCGGCGAAGCGUCCGGUGGUUUGCCACCGGUAGCGGAAGCGGACGACAGUGGCAACGAGACACUGGCCGACAGUGAAUCCGAGGACCAGCACGACAAACAGGCCGAGUUCAUCGAGGAUGCGUUCGGUUGGAAUAUCGAGGAGCUGUACGAGGAGAUCCUGUUCGAGAGCAUCCACAACAUCGGAUGCGACGACGAGGAACUGAACGUGGACGUCCUGUUCCCGUACAUUCAGGAGGCGUUCAAGAUGGCGGACGAUAAGCACAACGAAAUCCUGGACAUUGCGCGCAACAAGGAAGCGCCCGAGAUACGGCUGAACGUGGAGAUCGUCGAGGCGAAGGACCUGGAACCGAAGGACUCGAACGGGCUGUCCGAUCCGUUCGUGACGAUGUACAUCGCGUCCAAUCCGAACCACCGCUACAACACCUCGGUCAAGUCGGGCACCCUCAAUCCGGUGUGGGAGGAACACUUUUCGCUACCGAUCGCGGAAGAUGCGAACGAUGCGAACCUCAUCGUGGAGGUGUGGGACUUUGAUCCGGCCGAAACGGUGAAGGAGAAGAUGAACAAGCUGUUCGAAGUGAAAGGCGUCCGGGGCCUGCGGAAGCUGAUGAAGGAAAUUGCCCAGACGGCAUCGACCGGAAAGCACGACAACGAACUGAUCGGUCGCACCAGCAUCCCGUUGAAGUCGAUUCCGGCGUCGGGCAUGCUGAUGUGGUACAACUUGGACAAGAAAAACAAACUCCGCCGCCAGGGGACGCUGCGAAUAAGACUGAACUUUAGCUCGGAGAAGAACAGCCAGGUAGCGGCCCAGGAGCACCGCCAUCUGUUGCGGGUGCUGCUGCUGCACGAGCUGGAAUCCUCGAAGGUGGCCCCGUACUGGUGGUCGGGCAAGUUCACCAUCCAGGGCGAAGCGAUCCUCACGCAGCACUCGGCCCAGAGCGGGCUCUCGUCGACGACCGAAGCGUUCAUCCAGUGGUCCGUGUUUGCGGCCAUCCACCAGGAUCACCCGCUGUCGUUCGUGCUGUUCGACACGCUGCUCGAGAAGCUGGUCCGCCCGAUCCAAACGCUGUCGGUGUCGGGCGAGGAGCAGAAAAGUUUCUGGGAGGGCACGAAGAAGCUGCUACCGUCGUGCUUCUCGAUCAUCCGCAAGCUGCGUAAGCGCAACACUGGCGAUAAGCUGGCCCUCAAAACGUUGACCGGAGUGCUGAACAUUAUUGCCAAGGUGGCGCUACUCGAGCCGCCCGAGGGCACGGAUCUGUUUCCGGUGCAGCUGUACGGGUGGGUGCGUCGACCGACGGGCGGCACCGAGCCGAACUGGGACAUCCGCGAGGCACUGGCCAGCGCGGUGGUGUCUGGUGCGGAAGAUUUCUUCGGCGGCAUCAAGGAGGGCCACUUCCUGCAGACGGGCACCGACGAGGAUCGGUUGCAGAACUUGAUCAAGAUCAUACAGCUGGUGCGAUCGGACAUCCAGAAGUCGAUCGAGUACUACGAUAAGACAUUUCAAGAAAUUAUGCAUUUUCCGUACACGAAGGAGCUGUACAUUACGUACGAGUUGAAGCUGGCGGAGCUGAUCAAGCCGACGGUGGAGGACAUUUGCCGGAAGCUGAAGCGUAUCGAGUUGCCGGAGGCGGGCCCUAGCCGGAUCGGGGGCGACAGUGGGUUCAUCGAGUUCGAGGACAUCAACAUGGGCACGACACUGUUCGAGCUGUACCUGGUGCUGAAGCGCUUCUGUACGCUCGGCACGGCGCUCAGUCCGGACGAGAGUAAUUUUGCGAUCGACGAGUACCACCGGUGGUUCAUGACGGGUGUAACGCACUGGCUGGACAUUGCCGUGUACAAGGCGCUGACGCGCAUCCACAAGGCGAUCGAGCUGGACAAGCUGCAACCGGUCGACGAGACGGUCAAGUACUCGUCGUCCGCCGUCGACACGCUGGCCAUCUUUUAUCAGAUCAAAAUCUUCUGGCAGCAGCUGGCGUGGCCCGACGUCGAGGGUGCCUACAUCUUUGUGGCCAAGAUCGUUGACGAUAUCUGCCGCUGUUGCGUGUUCUACGCCGACCGGAUGUCGACGCGCGUCGAAAAGCUGGGCGUGGUGGAGAAUGUGUACGAGAAAAAGUUUGAGGUCACCCCGGAGUGGUGCCUGGCGAUCAACAACAUCGACUACAUCCGCCAAAGCCUGAAACCGUUCACGACCGACCUCGGGGUGGACGAAAUUCUGGCCAAACUGGGCGACGUGCAAAGCAGCAUCGAGGCGGACCGAUGCAAGGAGACGCUGCGGGCCGUGCUGGACAACGCGAUCGACACGGAGCGGAACAAGAUUCUGGAUCUGGUCGAGAAGCUGGCCCGCAAGAUGGCGCCGGCCAUGCGGCGGUUCCUGGUUGAGGGGGCCGAGCUGCUGCAGCAGGACUCGAACUCGCUCGAUCGGUUGAUGAUGUACAUGGAAGAGUCGCUGUGCGUGCUGAACAGCGAGCUGAACGAGCUCAACUUUGAGCGAGUGCUCGACGCGAUCUGGGCCGAACUCACGACGAUCCUGUACGAUCUGAUCCAGAGCAACUUGGACAAACGCCGGCCUCCGUCGUUCUUCGCCAAUCUGCGCGACACGCUCCACCUGAUGGUGACCAACUUCAAAACGACGCAGAACCGAGAAUCGGAAACCGCGGCCGAUAAGGAGUCGCUGGCGCACAUUGAGCGGUUGCUGCAGCUGCACGGGUACGAAACGACCGAUCUCAUCCACCAGUAUUACGUAGAUAGGCUAGAGGAGCAGAACCGGGACGACGCGCCGGCCACCUACGGCAUGCUGACGGUGCAGUGCUUCUUCAAGGAGAACGUCCUCGAGCUGGAGAUAGUGAACGCGCGCAACCUCAAGCCGAUGGACGGCAACGGGUCGUGCGAUCCGUUCGUGCGCGUCCACUUCCUGCCGGAGGAGCGGUUCGUCGGGGUGGCGAAACCGAAGACACAGUGCCAGAGCAAAACGCUGUUCCCGCUGUACGAUGAGAAGUUUGUGAUAACCUUCAGCUCGGAACAGCGCGCCAUUCCGAACGCGCUGAUCAUGUUCAGCAUCAAGGAUAAGGACCUGUUCGGUAUGUCCAACCAAUACCUGGCCGAGUGCUAUCUUAGCUUCCAGGAGAUCGCCGACAUUGCGGGUGACACGGGCAAGAUUGAACAGAAGCACCUCAUCCUAACACGCCCCACUCGGAUGGAUAUCGACUGUCUCCGUGCGCUCGAGUACCGCCAGGGUGAUAAGCAGGCCAAAGAUUUUAUCAAAAAACUGAAGCAAAAGAUGAGCGGCCAGUAGCGAGCGGC